GCGAUCUUCUUUUCGUUCUUCUGUUGCAGCCAAAGUGCCAAACACUUGGUCUGACUAGGGGGGUGGGGGCAUCGGACGACCUCCUACUGGCCCGUCCACUGUUAUUCACUUCCCUCCCUCUGCGGACACUGGACAGGUUACAGGUUACAGGCGGCAGGCCACAUCAUCAACUGAAUCACAUAUGCCGUUUGGCCAACUCGUUCCGAACGCCGCGCAACCUUACUUAGCGCGCCCCAGAAGCCCAGACGCCGACCUCCCUGACUACGACAUGAUGUACCUGUGAACCUGCUGGCUGGCUCUGCUCCCUCGACUCUCUCUCGAAAUCUCAUGCCUGGCCUGCGCUUGGUUGGCGGAUCCCAGGAUGCAGGUAUCAAUAGAAUCUCCCGCUUGUUGAGCUCAGGCCGUUUCGAUCGGAGACGAUAAAAAAGAAACCCUCCUCGCCCUUUUUUUUCACUUCGUCUCGUUUUCCCUUUCUUACACACAUGUGACAUACUCUUGCUACGGAAACAACAACAACAACGAUAAAUCAAUACGUCGCACAUUCCACACGACCUAUUUAUUGACAACUAUCCCUUUGCCCCCUCCGUCACACCCGAGAAACACCUCACGCCACACACCUCUCACCACUACACACGCACGACGUCCAGUGUCCACUACACACAAGGACUCUCACCUCUCACAACCACCCACCUCUCCAUCAUCAUCAUCAUCCUCUCCAUCAUCGUCACAACAUCAACAACAACAAUGACAGACAUGAUGCCCGAACCAACCUCACGGUCCACCAUCCCUCGCAACGACAGCUUCUCCGUCGAAGACAUCACCAAAGCCUUCAAAGCCUCCGCCAGCAAAUCCAAGACUUCGGAGCGACAAUAUCGUAUCGCAGACUCAAAUGUCCCUACUGUACCUCCUCCGUCGAGAAGUUCGUCCAGACCCGCGUCGAUAUAUGGUGGUGGUAGUGAUCGGAGGGGUUGAUUGAUUCCACCUGUAUGUGUAUGUGUACGGAUAUGCACACGUGUAGGGAAGGAAAGGAAGAGACGGGGUGACUUUUUUUUCGAGCUGGACUUGGAAAGAAAGAAAAGAUGAUGAUAUAUCUCGAGCUUGACUUGGGAGAAGAAGAUGAUGAAGAUAUCUCGACCUCGACUUGACCUACUUCGUCUGGAGGGAAGAAAACCUCCCCCCUCCCCGGAUGGAAGUUUUGUAUACCUUACCAUAAUAGCGCUCCUCUACCUCUUGUUUCUUUGCUUUUUUGUUUACUUUGAUGAGAGCGAUUUGAGCAUCAACUCUGGCCUGAUACCACCACCACCACCACCAUCACCAUCACCACUACUACUGCUACUACAAGCCUUCCGCACAGCGGCGGAGGCAUCUUUUUGGACUUUUUUUUAGGCAAUGGGGAAGAGAGGCGUAAUGGGUAGAGAGAGAGAGAGAGAGUUGAAGAGUGUAGAGAUUAGGAAGAGGAUGAGAGGAGAGAGAGAGAGGGGAUGUGUAAUAGAAAGAAGGAAGAGGAGAGAGAAGAGAGAAAAGACAGAAGAAAAGACAAAAGGAUGUCCAUCAUCUCCUACAAAGUCCAUCCAAAUCCACCCACAUGUAGUUCCAUCUAUAUCUAGGUAUAGGUAACAUUUGGCGUGUCAUAUGC